GUGUGUGUUUGGAAAGGAGCCCCCCCCUGCUGCAGCACUUUCCUGCCGCACGGACUGAGUGAUGCCACCGAGUUGCUGACGGACACCCGGCAGGUUCUCUGCAACCCUCCUCCCCUCUCCUCCUCCCGCACGGACGGACGCAUCGACCCCCUGCCAUCCCCACUAAUAUGCAAUGGUUUUUUGUGCAGAAACAGACAGCUGCCGCGUACAGCCGACUUCACGUUAGCGCCGCCGCAUGCCUGACCGUCGCUGCCGCUCCUCUCCCCGCGCCGCGCGGCAGACGACGCCAUCUGAACAGGGGCGCUCGGGGGCUUUUCGCGCCGCGGCGGCCGGGCGGCAGCAGCAGCGACCCCUCUUCCGCAGGUGAGGACCACCGGCCGCUGGGGCAGCAGGAGACGGGGAUCGAGGAGAAAACCGCCGUAGCGGUUGCUGUUUUCCAGCCGCACUGGGGCGACGUCGACGCGGAAUACGUACGACUGGUGGUCUCCGAGCUUGGGGGGAAAGCGGGCGAGAAUCCGGGCGAGGAGCUGGGCUUCCUGCUCUUACUUUUGUCUAUGGUGCAGAUCGGAGGGGCACCGCACUGCCGAACUGAGCUCGACAGCUGGCCGGUUCUGCUGGCAUGCAAACAAGGGGGUGUAUCAGCCCCCAUGCGGUGGGUGAAUUUUAGGCUGCCGCAUCCGGAGCGCCUCUCCUUCUCAUCUUCCUCUUCUAGCCCUUCUUUUUCCUCCUCCCGUGUCUCGGCCAAAUCCAUGCGGUUUAUUUGGAACAACAUUUUCAGCAAAGGAUCGCAUAUGCUGCAGUGUCUUUGUGGCAGGAGCCUCAAGAAAACCAAGAACCCAACUGAACCACAGCUGAAGGGCAUAGUGACCAGGUUGUUCUGCAGGCAAGGCUUCUAUCUCCAGAUGGGCCAGGAUGGAUGUCUGGACGGGACCAAAGACGACAGCACCAAUUCCUCUCUGUUUAACCUGAUUCCUGUGGGUCUGAGAGUCGUGGCCAUCCAAUCAGUCAAAACCGGCCUCUACAUUGCCAUGAACGGAGAGGGUCACCUUUACUCCUCGGAACUGUUUACACCUGAAUGCAAGUUUAAAGAGUCGGUGUUUGAGAACUACUACGUGAUCUACAGCUCGAUGCUCUACAGACAGAAGGAGUCGGGCCGGGCUUGGUUUCUGGGCCUCAAUAAAGAGGGACAGAUCAUGAAAGGCAACAGGGUGAAAAAGACUAAACCCGCUGCACACUUCCUGCCUAAGCCCAUAGAAGUUGCGAUGUACCGUGAGCCGUCAUUGCACGAUGUAGGAGAGGCGGUGCCUAAGCUCACAGGGGGCCCGCCUUCUAAAAGCACAACCUGUGAACCUGUGGUCAUGAAUGGCGGCAAACCAGUCAGCAAACCCAGUAAGGAGGAGACAUAACCCCACCUCUCAUUACUAACCUCCCUGCCUGGCUGACUGGAGGCCAGGAAGAACCACAGACUUGCCCUGCUGCUGCGCUCUCAAAACACAAAACUGCUAGAAAAGGUAACAAAACGAACAGCUAAAAGCUCUGACUGGACAGCAAUGGGGGCUGAACGUCCUGCUUCACCUCUCCCGACUGGACACUGUUGUGGGGCAGCACCAGAGGGACAGCGCUCCAGUUGCUGAUGGGGAAAGAAGAAUGGAAAGCCCGACUGCUAAACUGGGCAAACUGAGAAAGUGGCGUGUGUUCUCAGAUGAAGGACAUCUGAAUAAUCCAAACAAAAAAACUCCAUGCUCACAUAUUUAUUUAUUUUUUAGCAAGGCUCCUGUUUUCCUCUGCUGAUUUUUGUGUUGCUUGCUUGCUCCAGGCCUGCAGACACACAUCCACACAAACUCCACUCAAGUCCACUCCAAAUCAACCACUUGGAUUCAAUUUUUAAGUACAUUAAAAGCAUCAGCAAACUCUGGAGAAAUAACGUUUUAAAUACCAAACAGUGUUGAUUCAAGGGAAGCUUAGUAAUCAAUCAAUUAGGAUUUGGAACAGGAUGUUCUGUUCUUAAACUACACCACGAUGCAUCAGGAAAUGGCACAUUACAUAUAUUCUGAACAUCUCCCUUACCCUACGUCUCAUCAAGAAGAAGCUGACAUGAAGAUAGUUCAGAGAAGAUAUUUAUAAUGAAUUCCCAAUUUGUAGCAACAAGGAGUGUAUCUGAAGUUUGCAGGUGUUGCAGCACCAUGGUAGCAGUCUGUGUUUACAUAGGGUAGCAGAUUUAGAUUAAUAUGAUCAGUGUUCUCAGUCAUGAGGACCUUUGUAGACUUUCUCCUUUUCUUGUUGCCUUCCCAAGUACUUGAAAAUAAAAGAAGAAACAGGGUAUUAGAACGUGGCAAGCGCCCGUGUAACUGGGACCAAUAUAAUCCAGGUUUGGGAGUUUUAGAGCAUAAAUAUAUGACAGUAAAACUAAUAUAAUGGUCCUAAAGUGUUUUCAGCUGAUACCCGUGGAGUAGCAUUUAUAAGACGUUCUCAGACUGUUACCAUUAAUUCAGUUUUCAGUGUAAAAAACACGUGUAGUUCCUUAAAACUGAGCUUACAUUCUUCUUUUAGUGGUUUUUCAGAUUGCUUCGGGGUACUUCAGGUUCAUGUUCCCCUUUUUCAUUUUGUACCUUUGUUUCGUACCAACUUCUUCUGGUAUAAAAAUAGCUGUUUGCCACCUUUAAUAAAACACAUCUAAAUCUUCACAUUUGUGAUUUAAAACUUAAAAUAAAUGAAAAAUGUUUAUUAUUCCUUAAUUGCCCUCCAGAUAAUUACCUAGAAUUUGUGGUUCUUCAGUCAGAAGGUUCUAAAGAUGUUUUGCUUAAUUUUUGCAAUAAAAAAAAACAUUAUUUUAAAUUUGAAAAUUGAUUAAAAGCCUAUAGCAUCUAUUGUUUGGACUUUAUUGGUUAGAGGUUUCUUUACACUUUUAGGCAAUUGUUUACAAUAGAAAAACACAAUUUUAAAUGAAAAGAUAGAACAAUUUUAAAGUAUUUUGUAAUUAUUCUUUUUUUAAACAUUUAGACUACUUAAAUAACAUAAACACGACUUUAAAUUUAAAAAUGUUAAUAUAUACUUCAUUUAUGCUUCUACAAUCAUCUGUAGUUCUUCAGAUGUUUAGCCUGCUAUUUACAAUAAAUACACAAUAAUAAAUUUAACAAUUGAAAAAUGUUAGUCUUCAAUUAUACUAAUUCAUUCAGAGGCUUCUUUACACGUAUGUUCAAAUUUACAGAAAAUAUUUAAUUUAAACUUUACAAAUAUAGAAUGUUUCUUUAAUUAUGCAUCAUAGUCAUCUGUAAUUGGUGCUUCUUCAGUCAGUAGUGGUUACAAAUUAGCUUUUUGUUUUCAUUAUCACAAAUAUUUAUCUCCAUACCUGAUCAAAAUGACCAGAGAAAUGUGUAAAAUAUGGUAAAAAUAUUAUGAAACGUGGGUAGGAAAUGGUGGAAGGGCGAAUUGACCCAGAAACAGCUUUGGAGCACAAGACACUUUAUAGAUUUUCCCUCUUUUCAACUUUUAAGUUGAAUCCUUUCAACAAGGUUAAAAGCUACAGUACUUCUUAUCUAGUGCUUCUGAUGGGGUUAAAACUGUUUUCCUAUUUACUUUUUUUUUUUUUUUGAAAGGCAAAAAAAUAAAGACUUGGAGCAGAGGUGCCAAAUAAAAAUUGCGCCUGUAUUUCUGAAAUUAGCUGCCAAAAUCAGAGGCUUCAACAACCCUCUGAAGAUAUUGUUAAACCUCCUGCAUUGCCCUAAACUGGCAUCACAUCUUUAUGUUUCACUUGCUUUGACUUCAAAUAAUUAUCACCGUUCUUGAAUGGCUACGAUCCAACUUUUCUCAACUACUGAUUCCUCCUCCUGAUGCUCUAAAGAAUAGGUGCCUUUUACAGCUGCAGUCUGGCCAUCCCUCCAUGCAGGGGAAUCACCAGUCCACACAACUGCAAAACCAGACAAAAAUUAUUUAUAAAACCUGACCAAUUGAAACAUUUUAAGAGCACUCACUUUCAUUUUAUUCCACUGUGGCUUAAAGAAAAGUAGAAGUUCACACAUGUUAUUUCGGACCAUGUCUGAAUGUACAAUCUAAGGUUUUUCUCCAACCCUAAUUGUUCCACCUCUAUAAAUCAACCGGCACAAUUAUGUCUGAAAUAUUGAACUUAUAAGCGUCUUAAAUGUUGUUUUUAAUGAACAAAAAGCAAAAUAAAUUGCACAUAGGCAUGGGCCGGUAUGAGAUCUCGGUAUGUAGUGUGGUGAUCUUGACUCAGAAUACCACAUAAAUUUAAAACUAAUGAAAUUUAAAACAUGAUCUUUUAUUUAUUAAAAUGCAGCAGCAACAGUUAUUCCUACCAGAGAUGCACUGAGAAAUCAGCUGGCGACCAGAAUCAGUCGAUUUUCAUCCUAACCGCUCUGACCGGUGACCAAGUGGUCAUAAACUAAUGGUAGAUCACUUAUUGUGUGAUCAGGGAACGCACCUUAAUCACUACCAGGUCUCGCAAUAUUCAACACUCUUCUGUGUGGAAGCUGUCACUAAGGGAAGAAGCCUCACACUUCGCUACUUUCUGCAUCAAUGAGGUGUUUAUAAAGGAAGCCAGAGGAAGCACACAGAUGUAAGAAGCUAUUUAAAUGGUGAUGCUCAUUUCACUUCCUUUCCGUUUUCCAUAUUUUAGCAGGGAUGGGGGUGUUUUGUUGAAUUUACUUGAAGCUGACUUCAGCGAACACUAAGAAGGCUGAAUUUAUUACAGCAAAGUUACUGUUUUAUGCUUUUUAAAGUCAACAAUACGCUGUUAGAAUGCCAGGUUUCUGGUCUAAUAGACUGAGACCAUGAUAAUACAUGUUCAAAGUUUUUCCACAUGAAAUAUGACAUAUACUUAAAUGAUUCAACAGAAAAAGAAAUUGGUUAAAGGGAAAAAUAAAUGCACAAAUAAAUAAAUAUCCCACCUGCAUCACUGUGGAUUAGCCUAAACUAAUACCUUGUUGAAGCACCUUCUGAUUCAGUUUUCUUUGGUUGGAGACUGUUAGCAUCCCACGUCUUUGCAACAUUUACCCACUCUGCCCUGCUUGUUCUCCAAGUCUCUGAUUUGUGAAGACAUCUCUUGCCCAGAGCCUUCUACAGAGGAACCCACAGAUUUCCUGUAACAUUUAGUUCUGAACUUUGGCUAGGCCAUUCCAGAAUUUUCCUUUCAUGAAGUCAUCCUUCUGUUGAUUUGGAUUCAUGCUUUGACUCAAAUUGAUACCAAAAAUUUAAAUCCCUCUGCCUUAUCCUAACUGAUACUUUUGUAUAAUGAGACCAUUUUAAUCCUUUGUAACCUCUGUGUAAACUAUGGCUUUAGCUAAAGGAUGCAAAUGUUAAGAAAAUCCAAGUAGCACCGCUGAACUUUUCAUUUGAAUUGUACAGAAUAACAUUCACAAUGUCAGAAGCACUGAUUUACUUUUUCUGAUCAUUCUACAGCCAUGAAAUUAAAGAAACAUAGAGAUCCUGUGUGUAAUAUUGGUCAGAAGAGAGUUAAAACUCUAUAAUGUUCCUGUUUAAUAAAAUCUUUAUGAUCUACAUUAAGCUUAUCGGCUGAAAAUAUUCAGUCAUGUAAAGUGAAGACCUCUGUGCUGUUGCUUAGGCUGUACUUACCUGCACUUGUCUGUGGGAAAAGUGUAACAAAAUACCACAGCAGCCAGCUCUGCUCGUCUCUGCUGCUUCUUCUGCCCAUGAAGCUAUUUUAAAUGGUUGCGUCAUGAGCCUUCAUUUUAAGUUGAUAUGUUUGACGUGAAGCCAAAGGCAUUUCAGUCCAAUUUGAAGCGAUGGAGGAGGCAUAAGUGAUAUAUAUACUAGGUCCAUAAAAAGACUUCAUCCCCGCUGCGUACACAUACACACACAGAGCAGCCACUUGGUGUUUGCCUUAAGGGAAAACAUUGCUGUUGCAGUUCUUUUCUAUAUGAAAUAUCCAAGGUUUGCCUCUAAAAUUCUCGUUGAGCCCCAAAUGGUGGCAGCAAAUUAUUGUCAGGAUGAGCUGUGCUCACUUGAAGCACUUCAUGUUAACAAACUGCAUCAUUGAGGUCAACGUUUACAAAAAAGGGAGCUCCCAACAUUUCCCUGCAUAGUAUUAGAAAGGGAUGCAAUGGUCAUAGUAUUGGUAAUUAUUAAGAUGCAAUAUAUGUUGCAAAAGAUUCCCAUUUUUCUUGAUCCUUUCUCAUGACUCUCUUGUAAGAGAGGUAAAAGUGUAGUAGCCUUUUUUCAGCCAGCUGACUGGCAGUGGGCAGCAACAGAUAGGCAUUACUUUAUCCUUCAUAAAGAUGGAAAAAUACUCCGGUCACUCUUGCACUCUUUCUCAACCAUCUCUCUAAAAGGACUUUGGACCGUAGGAAUGAUGUGACGGUAAAAUAUUUGGUUUACCUUAAUACUUGAAACCGGCCCUUGCCUAAUGUCGCCAGUAGUUAUUGAAUCCGUCAUGAAAUACCAACACUAAAGCUUGAGUUUAUUUGAACCAUGGAGAAAAAUCAUAAAACCUUCCUCUCACUGUGAAAGCCAGUUUGUUCUGGGACUUUCUGUUUACUCAUAUUUCUUUGACCGCAAAACUAGAUGCCAAUCACCUCCUCCAAAUAUCACAGGAGGGAGAUACUGUCAUACUGUGAUCCCACACUUCAAAUUAGUGGCAGUGACAAUAAGGCAGGCACACGUUAAUACAUUCAGGAUCUGCUUAUUAAGGCAAUUAAAACAGACACUGUGCAUCCUUUCUUGCUUUGAAUCCCAAUUUUGGACAAAAAUAACCCCUUUUGCAUUUUAAUCAGAUGAUUGAAACACUGUCCUGUUUGCUGAAGAUUAAUGACCUCCGUCGAUGUUGCCACAACUACAAAGCAGCAACAUGACAAAGCAGCCUCCCUGCAGAAAUCAAGGCUGCAUGAUUCAUUCGCACAUCAAACGAGCAGCGGCGUCUCAAGCCUUGGCAACAGGUCUGCAUCUAUUCGGCAGGUGAACGCUGCACACGGACGUUUAUCCGAUCCGGACGAAGUCGGGUGUUAAAGACCUCACAGUGUUUCUAAUUGACAUUUCAAAGAUUCUUUUCUCACGUACACCACAUAAUUUCUCGCCUUUUCUGAACUUAUUAGCUGCUUUUUACAUUAAUGUACAAAUAUGUGGUCGAGCUGCACAUCUUAAUACUUUUCAGACUAAUGUGGUCGUAGAAGUAUCAUCUUUCGGCCUUUUAAAUUGGGGUUUUAAAGAAGAAAAAGCCAGUUUAUGUGCUAAUGUAGAGAAAUGUGUAAUAAAAAUAAAAAGGGAGAGGAAAUUUAAAAGAAAUGGCAAUGUGAGUGUCUCUCAUACCCCAGUUAGGGUCAAACUGUAAGAUCCAGCUGUAGAUCUAAAAUGUCUCUACCCUCGUUUGACUUUAGCUCUGUUCUGUCUAAUGUUAUAUGGAAUAAUGUUAAUGAGGAACAAGUCUGGUGCUGUGCUCGUCUCAUGUCAAAAGAAAUGUGGAUGUAACAUUUAUUUACUAUCUGUUGUGUCAUAGUUAGGGGCUCAAAAUGAGUAAAUAAACCCUGACAAUCACAUACAGUGGCUUGGAAAAACUAUUUAUGGCCCUUAAACCUUUUUCUUAAUCCGAAUGUAUUUUAUUAGGAGGCUUUGUGAAAGGACAACACAAAGUACUACAUAAUUGUACUGUAUCCCCUUGUACUCUGACACCCUUAAAUAAAUCCUAUGGUGCCAUUUCAUUUAAUAAGAAGUUGAACCACUUUGCUGCAAUUACAGCUGCAAGUAUUUUUAAGGUGUUUUUCCACCACGUCCAGAGUUGCUUGGGUUUUAUUUAGGGGUAUCAGAGUUAAGGCAACUAAACACAGAUUUUUCUAUUUAUACAAAAAGAAAAACUCACCAUUAAACACUAAUUUGUAGUUGUCUACUGCAUUAAUCCCAAUAAAAUAAAGAGGUUUGUGGUGUAACACGACCAAAAUGGGAAAGGUUUAAGUAGUAUGAAUCAUUUUUUGAGGCAGUAUAUUCACAUUAAAUGUUUCAAUGUGUCUUGUAUUGUCUCAGCUGUCUGUCUCUGAACAGAAUCACAUCUGUUAAACAUGGUACAGAGAGAUUUGACCAUUUCUGUUCAAAUACUGCGCGACACAGUUGAUAACUAGGCUCCUGUGAUUUUAACUUGUCCUUUUACUGCUGGAUAACAUAAGCGAAGCGGCUUAAUGUCUCCAGUCAGAGAGGCCCUGCUUGUUAGGGCAACCCCAGGGUUCCCAUCAAGUCGAAGUGGUCUGUGAAGAUCUGUGGGGAUGUGCUCACAAAUUAAUACUGUUCAAAGGCAGAGAAAGAAAGGAAAAAUAAAAAGAAAAGCCCGGUUUCCUGGAUACUGACCAAAGACACUUCUCUACAAUUUUUUCCAGGCUGCUAAUCAGAGUUUAAAGAACCACUGCCACAUUUACUGUCAACAUCUCCUGGGAGAUUUCCUUUCCACCGGUGGUUAGCCAGGUGCCAGGGCUACAGUUAUGAAAGACUCCACUCCACACAGGAAGAGAGCAGCUGAUUUAAUUAGGAGUGAGCAAUGGCAGCAACCACGGUGACUUUUAAUUUCCACAUACAGGUACCACUCAUGUUCUCGUGGCAGUAUGCAUGUACCCAUCUUAGUUUGCCUGCAAGUUAGGAGGCACAUAAUGGACACAAGAAGGAAGAGGUAGACACAAGAAAUCCCUUUGUGACCUGGCCGCUGCAGUGCAGGAGCACUUUAGAGCCAAGGGAACAUGUAAUGGUUAGCGCUUAUGAUGUAGCUGGCUUCCCUCAAGUUCUUUGCUUUAGUACUUUUUCAAAAGACUGCCUUAUUACAUCUGAAUCUAAAGACAGCUCUCUCAUCCCGUUCUCUCUGCCCACUUGCAUCGAACACACUCAUAGAAACACAUACAGACGAUACAAACUCCUAUUUUACUUUUCAAUUAUCCUUUGAUCCCCAAUCUUUGAUUCUCUGGAACCACGCUUGCUGUCGCUCUCUCCUUGUUGUGUAAUCAAGCAUCCAGAGAACUUACUCCCACCUCCUCUCCUCUUCUUCACCUCCUCCUCUUUCUCGUCCUCCAUCUGUUUGAAAUAGUCCCCACUUGUUGCACGGUUUUGAAAAGAGGAAAUAUGGCAGAGGGUUUUUUUUGGGGGGACUUAUGCAUGUGGUAAUUUCAUGAUAAAAGAAACAUUUGCAGCAGACCACCAGUAAAACUUGGCGUUUGGCUCAUAUCUUGCUGUUAGUUUGCACAGUUGGAGAACAGACGUUUCUGCAAGGCAUUUUGUUCCCAGCACUAUCAGAAACAACUGGCAAUCCAUCACUGCAAUAAAAGAAACCAAAGGAGGAUGAAUCAGAAUGACUGACUUCAUAUUACUAACAGACAUACUCUAAUGCAUGCCUGAGGCGUAGCAUCUAUAACUUAUCCAAAUGGCUCAAAAUGGUACAAAUUUAAACAUAAAUGCAUGAUAAAGAAACUUCUUUGAGAUCCUUUGUCUUCUUUUAACUGUGAUGGAUUAAAAUCAGCAUACAAGUUCAUUAAUAUUUUAAGAAAUCCAAUUAUAAGUAGAGUGAAUUCUGAUUUUGUAUUUGUUUCUCUAAGAUCCAUAAACUUGGAUAAAUUAAACAUGUUUUUUGUAUGCAUAAAACACUAUAGUAUCCAGCUGUGAUACAUGGUAUCUGUGCGUUGAAUAUUAAACUGGCACGAGCAUAUCUAAUGAUUUAAUAAGCCAAAUAUUAGAGCAGUGCCCUGUUUUAUCCUCCCUGUGCAAACCUCCACCAGCUAUUAGCCAAAAGCAAACAGUGACUGGUGCCAACCUUAAAGGAGACUACCUUGUGUGUCGGUAAAUGUACAGUUAACUUUACAUAUAUUAUGCAAACAGUUUGUCUUCACUGUACAGUUUGUGUCCAAUCUAUUGAAUACACAAAAACAACAUCGAAUAAAGGAUUUAUAAAAAGGA